AUUAAUUAACAUGGAAAAUGAUUCGUUUCACUGCCGAAUCCAAGUGUUUUGAGAUUUAACAUUUUCCAGUUAUCAACUACCUACAUAUAUGUUAUAAUCAAUUUUGAUUCAAUAAACCUUAAAAUCACGUCAUAAUGCAAUCGAACUUUUAGAAACAUACUAGAUUUUUAGAAACUGUAAAUAAAUUGUAAUGGUAAAAGCUUUAACCUGUGGUUAAGGGUAAUGGGCUGCACCUCAAGCCUGCCUGAGCAGGAUUACACGGCCGAGAGCAAACCUUCCGCCGUCCACUCGUCUUCCGAUAGGAGAAGCUCUACAUCGUCUUCGAAAUCACCGUCAUCUUCGUCAGCCUUCGGAGAUUUUCUAGAGUUGCCUUCAAAGUCCAGAAAACGGAAAAUUACGCCACAGGCUGAAGACCAAAACUUUCCUCGGAUAUCCUCAACAGACACCGAAUUUUUAGAAACAAAAGCACGAGAGCUCGAGGAGGAGCGGAGGCGAGUGCAAGCUGAGCUUGAACGCAUUCGCCGCGGCAAGGCUACGAUGGGCGUCGUCAACUCCAGCUUGCAGGGCACCAGAGUGUCGUCCUCGAACAACAACAACGUAUCCAAAGAGAUCGCCAUCGAUCGUCACACUUUGGAGUCCUACUUGCGGCUGGAAAAAGAAAUCGCUUUCGAGGAAACGACCAAUCCCUUACAGCCCCUGGAGCUAAAAUCCCUGCAACUGCAGCAGCUCAAUGAAGAAAUUGAAAAUAAAGAAAAGUUACUCAAAGAACUCGAAGCAAAAACGACGAAGGAGCGAUCAGAAGUAGAGGAGCUGCAGAAUGGUGGUAAGGACGUAAAGAGCACUCUCUUGGAGAUGCGGCCCAGCAUCGACUUGCAGCUCACCGAGGAACAGGGCGAGUAUUUGGCCGCCCUCAACAAGCAGGAAAUGACGGAGCAAGAACUAAAUGCUUGCAGGAAGCAGAAACAACAGUUGCAUGAUGAAGUCAUCGAGCUGGAACGCAAAGCUGAAAAACUGCAGGAGCUUUAUAAACAGCAAGACCAACUGCUAGAUAAAAUGUUUGGUGGGGAGUACGGCUCGAACUUGGAGAACAGACUGGAGCAGGAGCUAGACACGCUGGAAGCUCACCGCGCUCGCAUCCUGGAGGCGAACUUCAAGUGGCGGCAGGCGCAGAUGAUGCUCGAGUACGCGUGCAAGCAGCUCGCUGUCGCUGUGCAGAAGUGGCAAGACCUGCCGACCUUGCCAACCAUUGACCUGGAGAUCCGGUACAGCGUGGCGGCGGAGACACGCAACAACCUCGUGGCUGCGGGCCAGAACCUGACCGGCGCUCAGCGAUACCUUGAUGCUGUACAGUUCCCGUACUGCGCUCCCGACGAGGUCUCCACGCUCAACAAACAGGCGACGGAGUAUGUGUUCACCGACAUGCAGAGCGCCGACCGUCACGCACACGCGCAGGCGUGCUACUCCACGAGCUACAAGCGCGCCAACGCGCUCCUCCAGUGGUUUGAUACGGUGCGUGCACAUCAACUGGACCAGAUCGCGCAGGAGCACCAGAAGGAGCUGCAGAGCUUCAUACGUGAGCAGGAGCAGAAGCAACAGAAGAUCCGCGGCAGCCUCGAGGAGAAGCUCGCCCUGCGACGCCAGCGCCGAGCGCGGCUUAACCUGGAGCAGGCGCAGCAGUCGGCCUUGGCCAGCGCUGAAUAGGCGCAAACAAACUCCUUUGCCAGCGCUGAAUAGGCGGAUUAGGCUUACAAAGGCCAUAACAAGCGCUGAAUAGGCGCAAAGAAACUUCUUAACCAACGCUGAAUAGGAGCAUUCAAAGGCCAUAACGAGCGCUGAAUCCUUGACGAGCGCUGAAUAGGGGGCAUGCAAAGGCCUUAACGAGCGCUAAAUAAUAGCAAACAAACUUCUUAGCCAUCGCUAAAUAGGCGCGCACAAAGACCUUGGCCAUUGCUAACUGUGCGCAUACAAAGUCCAUGGCCAGCGCAGCUCUGGUGUCAACAAGGAAGGAAUAAGCGCUGAAUUUGUGAAUAGAGUAAGCUAAGCCAGCACCUAAUAUUUGCUAAAAAGUGGGGGUCGAUGAACGUUUGCACAAGCUAGGGUCGAGUUGUCGAUAAUAUUUGAUCGCCGUAAUGCGUAAUGGAACACAAAUAUUAAUCUGCCGGCGAUGAAAUCUAAACGCGGCACAUCCGUCCACCCAGUUCUGUCCAUCCUCAAAAUAAAGUGCCUUAGUCAUUUCACGAUAAAAGAACGAUUUGACCUAUUAUUAGGAGUCGUGCAAUCAAUUCUGAGUCAGAAUUUCAUUAAUUGACAAGGGGAAUGUCUAUUUUCCUGAAGCGUAAUGAAUUAAAAUGCCUUAGUAAUUAGAUAUUGAAGAAAAAUAUAUACAUACGUGUGUCUAGUCUUAAAAUGUAUGGAUAAAUUUCAGAAUGAAAUGACUCUGGAACUGAAGUAAUUGUUGAUAUUACAUGCUUCUUGACUGCUAAAUGGCAUAUGUGUUAUUUUUGUUUUGGUUAUACGUAAUCUUGGAAUUGGAAAGGUUGAAUCACACGCAUAAUAGAAAAAUAAUGUCUAAUUUUAAUGCUGCUUAAGAAUUUUAUAUAUAAUUGAGCGCUCGAAGUAAUUGUGAUAUAAGAACUGUAUUCGGAACGUUCGACCAGAAUAAUUUUUUACGCGAAUGUUUCAAACCUGUUAAAUAAAGCUUUAGUUCUUUAAUAAAGCAUUAAAAACCAUUUCAGAUGGAAGAUUUCUAUAAUUAAUUUCUCGAAGUGGCAGGUUUUCAUUCACUUCAUCUGAACAAUACGAAAUUGUCAUAAUUAUUGCAUAUAUCUAGAUUUAGUCGCAAAAUCAGUUAUUUAUUUUGAUCUAAUAAAAUGAACUGACAUGCAUAUAUUUCUUUACGUAUGGGUAGUUAGAAUAAGUGAUAGUUUUAAUGAAUAACACAAGUUGGUGUUUUUUCUCACAUUGAUAUUUUUAUUGAGUGUUUGUACGAAGUCGCUUUAUGAUAAAUAUUCUCUGCCUGUACGAUAGUCUAAAUUUAAGUCUAUCUAUCCUACAGGCUAAUUGAAGUCUAUCGACUAAAUUGAAGGCCCAACAAUUAUCACGACUGUAAAUUCGUUUCAAACAGCGAAAACUCCAAAUUAUGGGAAAAUUUUGAAAACUCUAAGAUUUCUUUUGGUCUUGAUGAAGAAAUAACUUCGAAAUUAUUUUCUGAUUAGAUUAGGGAAAGUUGUUGUCGCAGAAAACGUCACGAUGAGAUCUUUACUGUGUAAAGCAACACAAUAAUAAUGACGCACCAAUAUAAUGGCUCGAAAUAUCUUGGAAAGUAAAAUUUCCCCUUAACUUUGCAAGUGUUCUACUGUGUCUUAAGAAGCUUAUGUUUGUUCGUCGUUCGUCAAAAUUCACAUUUCCAAGAAAAUCAUCAAUUAUCAUGAAAUGUGUAUAGAAUCUUUCAUCAGAUUGUGUUAUUCGAGCUGGCAUGUCAACCCUCGAUACUUGUUUCUUUAUGUAAAUUAUUUGCAAUCUUAUAAAAUCUUUAUAUAAAUUAUUUGCAAUGCGAGCGACUCGAAUCGAUAAUAAUAUAAUUAUUUUAGCGCUUUUAGCUGCAUGAAAGAGUGUUGCAAUUAAAAAAACCUGCUUCAUACAAGAAGGGAAGCGAAAAAACUAAAGAAUCCUAAACUCAAAACCCUUCAAUAUCGUUUGAAUGAGAAUGUAGUCGGAGAAGCUUCAUAAAUGUUUUAAGAGA